GCACCAUUAUGGAUAACAUUCUUGAAAAGCAGAGAAGUGCGCAUGAAGAUAUUGAGCGUCUUGAACAAGCUAUUGUCAGCCAAUACAUGGAUGAUGCAAAGACACAUCGAGAAAGAUUAUAUAGCGAACACAUUGUCGAUAAAUUCUUGACGCGUAUUGCUGAAAAGAGUGCUUAUCUUGCUGAACUCUAUCAAGACAAGGAUGGACUACGUCAAUCAGAAAUGGAAGCACUAUCAGGAUCUUCUGAAUUUACUGAAUUCUAUGAACGUCUUAAAGUGAUUAAAGAACAUCAUCGUAAAUACCCUCAUGAACCUGUUGAUCCACCAGAAGUUGAGUUUAUCUAUCUUACACAACGAAAAGAAGAAGAUGACUUUGAAGAACUCGAAAAGAUGUUUUCUGGUGAAGAAAGUACAGGCAGAUACUUGGACUUGAAUGAACUGCAUACGAUCUAUAUCAACUUGAAGGGCGUUAAAAAGUUAGACUAUCUUCAAUACUUGGAUGAAUUUGAUGAGUUUGGCAUGUAUCCCAAAUCUAUCAAGACAACAGAAGAAUACAAGUCUUAUUUGAAUCAACUCAAAGACUAUUUGUAUGGAUUCUUUCGUCGUGCAAAACCAUUGUUUGAUCUCAAGUCUUUAGAACAAAAGGCAUGGGAAACGUUUGAUCAGGAAUGGCAACAAGGACAAGUCAAGGGAUGGGAGACACGUCAUGGCUUGUUCUGUGAAGCCUGUCAAAAGCAAUUUACCAAACAGAGUGUGUAUGAUGCUCAUUUGACUGCUAAAAAGCAUAUCAAGGCACAACAGAAAUUACAAGAAGGAAGUGAUAGAGAUGAUAAGCGAAAGAUGAUUGCAUGGACUGAACGAUUGAUUUCGAUUUAUGCUCAGACAUUGGAUGACUUUAGACAAGAAACAAAGGCUAAUGUGGAAAGAAAGCAAGCCUUGACAGACAAAGAAAGAACGCUUGAACAAGAACAAGAACAAGUAGAGAUUGUAGAUCAAGAAUCAGAAGAUGAAGAUGAUGAAAGAAUCUAUAAUCCUCUCAAGUUACCACUUGGUUGGGAUGGCAAACCUAUUCCUUAUUGGUUAUAUAAACUACAUGGUUUAGGUGUUGAAUAUCCCUGUGAGAUUUGUGGUAAUUAUGUAUAUAUGGGCAGAAAGGCGUUUGAUAAGCACUUUCAAGAAUGGAGACAUGCACACGGUAUGCGUUGUUUAGGCAUACCCAAUACACGAUCCUUUCAUGAAAUUACCAAGAUUGAAGAUGCUUAUGCUUUAUAUGAAAAACAAAAGAGAGAAGGUAUUACUGAAGAAAUGAGAGCAGACACAGUUGAAGAAUUUGAAGAUGCAGAAGGCAAUGUCUAUAACAAAAAGACAUAUGAAGACCUUAAGCGACAAGGUAUUCUUUAAAUCUUAUUAGAAUAAAUUUUUCCACCCCCUUU